UGACAUUCAGUAUGGCUGCCUGCUGGCUGUAGCUGAAUAGAACGUACAAUUGGCUGGGCUUUGACGUUUUUAAAUUGCUGGAAGGAAGAACAGUCCGGGGUCCGACAUGCAGAAGAUCAAGUCCCUAAUGACCCGCCAGGGUUCUAAAAGUCCACAGGACAGUUUCCAUGAUCUUAGCCCAAUUGAGAACUUGCGGACUCCUACAAAGGAGGAGCUACGAGAACUUCGUGAAAGGGCCACAGAUCCACAAGCACAACAGGAGUUAAUUAACAGCAUUGAAGAUAUAUAUUUCUCCAGCGACUCUUUUGAUAUUGUAAAAUAUGAGCUUGAGAAACUCCCCCCGGUUCUGAAUCUGCAAGAAGUGGAAGAAUACAGAGAUAAACUUAAGCACCAGCAGGCGGCAGUAUCAAAGAAAGUUGCGGAUCUGAUUCUUGAAAAACAACCUGCAUAUGUCAAGGAGCUGGAACGUGUGACUUCACUACAGACAGGCCUGCAGCUAGCUGCUGUGAUUUGCACUAAUGGAAGAAGGCACCUUAAUGUGGCAAAGGAAGGAUUCACUCAAGCUAGCCUGGGACUUCUUGCAAACCAAAGGAAAAGGCAGCAGCUGAUUGGCCUACUGAAGUCUCUACGAACUAUUAAAACGCUGCAAAGAACAGAUGUUCGGCUAAGUGAAAUGCUAGAGGAGGAAGACUAUCCUGGAGCUAUUCAGCUCUGUUUGGAGUGCCAGAAGGCAGCUAGCACCUUUAGACACUACAGCUGUAUAAGUGAAUUAAACUCAAAACUGCAAGAUACUCUAGAACAAAUUGAGGAACAACUUGAUGUUGCUCUCUCUAAGAUUUGCAAGAACUUUGAUGUUGCUCACUACACCAAAGUGCACCAAGCCUACAGACUACUGGGCAAAACACAGACUGCAAUGGAUCAACUGCACAUGCACUUCACCCAAGCCAUCCAUAAUACAGUGUUCCAGGUAGUUCUUGGAUAUGUGGAAUUGUGUGCUGGAAACACAGAUACAAAGUUCCAGAAACUUCCAUACAAAGACCUCUGCAUGCAUAUAACCUCAGACAGCUACAUUCCCUGCCUCACUGACCUCUGCAAAGCACUCUGGGAAGUUAUGCUAAGUUACUUUCGAACUAUGGAGUGGCAUGAAAAAUAUGAGCGUGAAAUUGCACCUCCCACACCUGAUAUGAACAAUGUCAGUGGAACAGAAGAUACCAACUUUGAUCGAAGUUAUAUCAAAAAGAAAUUGGAGCAUGGACUGUCACGCAUAUGGCAGGAUGUUCAACUAAAAGUCAAAACCUAUCUUCUUGGAACAGACAUGUCCAACUUCAAAUACGAUGAUUUUAUCUUUGUUUUAGAUAUAGUCAGCAGGUUAAUGCAAGUUGGUGAAGAGUUUUGUGGGAGUAAAUCUGAGGCGUUGCAGGAGUCCAUUAGAAAACAGAGCGUCAACUAUUUUAAAAAUUAUCACAGAACACGCCUCGAAGAACUAAGGAUGUUUCUUGAAAAUGAGACCUGGGAACUUUGCCCAGUCAAGUCAAGUUUUAGCAUUUUGCAGCUACAUGAAUUCAAAUGCUUGGGGCAGUCUCGCUCUCCAUCUAUGUCACCAAGUAAGCAAACCUCUUCCGCUGAGUCGGCAGCAGUGUCGUUGUUUGAACAGUACACCAAUGGAGGAAACCCUUUUGAGAUACAGGCUGCUGUAAAAGAUGAUGACACUGAGGAUGUGCUUGCUGCAAAUGGGUAUGAAUCAGAUGAGCUAGAAAAGAGUGCUUAUCAGGAAUAUGAUAGUGAUAGUGAUGUCCCUGAAGAACUGAAGAGAGAUUAUAUUGAUGAGCAAACAGGGGAUGUGCCCACAAAAAGUGUUUCAAGGGAAACUCUGAGGAGCAGAAAGAGAUCCGAUUAUAGUUUGAACAAGGCCAAUGCACCUAUUUUAACCAACACUACACUGAAUGUAAUAAGACUUGUGGGGAAAUACAUGCAGAUGAUGACAAUAUUAAAACCAAUUGCAUUUGAUGUCAUCCACUGCAUGUCGCAGCUGUUUGAUUACUACUUGUAUGCGGUGUACACUUUCUUUGGAAGGAAUGAUGCAUACGAAUCCACAGGCCUUGGCCUCAGUAGCAGCAGACUCAGAACAACACUCAACAGAAUUCAAGAAAGUCUGAUUGACAUGGAAGUAUCUGGUGAAAAUGCUGUCUCAUUGGUUUCUUCUGAAGAAAGAAAGGAGAAAGUGCCAAGUCCACACCUUAGCCACAUGGUCAUUUUAACAAAUAGUAGUACGUUGUAUGGUCUCUCUGAACGAGUUGUGGCUACAGAAUCCUUAGUUUUCUUGGCUGAACAAUUUGAAUUUCUCCAGACGCAUCUUGAUUCUGUGAUGCCAGCAGCUAAAAAGCCUUUCCUUCAGCAGUUCUACUCCCAGACGGUAUCUACAGCCAGCGAACUCCGUAAGCCAAUUUACUGGAUCGUUGCUGCCAAAGCCAUCGACUAUGAACAGUUGCUGCUUCUUAUGGCCAAUGUGAAAUGGGAUGUAAAGGAAAUCAUGUCACAACAUAACCUAUAUGUAGAUGCUCUUUUGAAGGAAUUCGAACAGUUUAAUAAGAAGCUAUCUGAGCUUUCCAAACAUGUCCGGAUCCCUUUGCCAGUUUCCAAUAUUCUCUGGGAACAUUGCAUUCGUCUUGCGAAUAGAACACUGGUGGAAGGCUAUGCCAAUGUGAAGAAGUGCAGCAACGAAGGCCGCGCUCUAAUGCAGCUGGAUUAUCAGCAGUUUCUGAUGAAACUUGAAAAACUCACAGACAUCAGGCCGAUUCCUGAUAAGGAGUUUGUGGAGACCUAUAUUAAGGCCUAUUAUUUGACGGAAAAUGACAUGGAACGUUGGAUCAAAGAGCACAGGGAAUACUCAACCAAGCAGCUGACAAACCUGGUGAACGUUUGCCUUGGAUCCCAUAUCAAUAAAAAGGCCAGGCAGAAGCUCCUAGCCGCUAUCGAUGACACUGACAGGCCAAAAAGAUAACUGCCCUGGAAUCCUCUCACCCAAAAAUCAUGCUACCAGAUGGGAUGCAUGCUCAGCUGUUACACUGAAUGCAUUCUAUAAUGAAUGGAUAAGGGUGUCUUUUUCAUUUUAAUUCACUUAUAUUAUACAAUUAUGUGUGUUGAUUUGUUUCCUGCUAGUCUUCAUGAGAUCCAUUCGGUCCAGUUUUAAUGGUUAAACCUAUAAAGCAUCUGGAGAUGUUUCAAACAAAGCACUUUCUCUUCAAUGGUGGGGUUCAAAACAAUGUAAUGCCAGCCAAACCAAAACCAACAACUUAGAUAUUUUCCUGUUGAUAAAUGAUCAAUAACCUACUGUAAAUGUAAUUUAUAACCCAUGGGUUUGGCCCUGGUACCACUCUGCACAAUUUAGAAUAAAAUGACAUAGUCCUGAACUUGCUGCAUGGAUUUCUACUUGAUGGUAAAAUUAUCCUUCACAGUCUUUUAAUAUAUUAUUUGGUUUCAGAAUUGGGUGUAUAAACAGAGAUUUUCCUUAAUUACUGUCACUGUCCAAACUCUUUUUCCAUUAUUCCAGUAUACCAUACUCAGUGAGCUAAAGGAGCAAAUUCUGCUCUGUGUCUGACUCCCAUUUGCACUAUAAAGUAAUGUAAUGAGCGCUUAUUCUUAUUAGUGCACAUACUGUCUAAAAACAAGGACUUGUGCAGGUCACGCUGAGCAGCUGUACUGUAAAAUAGCCAUUAAUAAUGAUUUUAAUUGAACACGAAUACUGCGUUAAAAAUGGAAGCUCCUAUUUAGUUUAACUGCAAAUUUCAGGGAUCACCAUGGUUUCCUGGAAAGAAAUCACUUACUAUGCCAUCCUUUUAGAAUUCUUAAAUUGGUAUGUAUUUAAGUGUUCUCUGCUGUCAAGUGAAUAUUGCUGUAUACAAUGCAAUGAAUUGAUUGUGUGCACCAGUAUUGUAUGGUUUAUUGAAUGAAAGGAUUCUGUACAGUUCCACCUAUUAUAAAUCCUUAUAGGAAAGACACAGCAUUGGUCCUGUGAUGCUGUUUCUUUUCUUUGAUUAUUACACUUACACAGGAUUGUAUUCCUUUUCAUUAGCUUCUCCCCAGCUGUGUAUGCGCUAUACUGUUAUAACUAGACUUGACUUACAGGACAUUGGAACCGUCCUUGACUACAUGACCAUAUUUAAUAAAAACCUGGCUAUGUACUAAAAGACUCUUGACUAAAAG